AUGCACUGUGAACACCAGCAGCGACAGGGAGGAGAAGCCUGCGAGGUCUUCGCGGGAGCUGUGAAAACGGCAGGUCAUCGCAAGAGAAAUCAGCCAGAUUAUGUGAGCUUGCAUACGCCCUUGAACCAUCAAACCCGUGGGACGUUUGGAAGAGCACAAAUAUUGCAAAUGAAACCAACAGCUUUUCUUAUCAAUGCAUCACGAGGUGCUGUCUGUAACGAGGAGGAACUGAUUGAAUGCAUGAAAGAAAAGAUGAUUGCAGGAGCAGGACUGGAUGUGACAACCACCGAACCGCCACCCAUGGAUAGCGAGUUGUGGAAGUUGCCCAACAUUUUUCAAUCUCCCCACACUGGAUGGUGGCGCAUUGAAACACAACACCGCUUGGUCACCAUGACAGCCGAAAACAUUGAGGCAUACUGUCAAGCCAACAAUAAGGAGGAGGACAUGAUCAAUAUCGUGAAUUAG